AUGGAAUCUUCGAAAAUGGAAAACGCGGAGGAACAAUCUCCUCUAUUGGAGAGGAAAAUAAGUACGUCGACGAAAAUCGCUUAUGCCUUGGGACAUAUUUUCAAUGACCUCACUGCAGCCAUGUGGUUCUCCUACACCCUGAUUUAUUUUCAAAGGGUGGUCUUGUUGGAGCCGAUCGUUGCCGGUGCUCUUCUACUUUUGGGUCAAAUCAUCGACGCCUUCAUGACUCCUGUUUUCGGCGUAUUGGUCGAUCGAUACCUGAAGAAAAAGAUUUGGCAUAUUAUCGGAUCUGUGAUGGUCACGCUAUCGUUCCCAGUGAUCUUUGGUGGGUUUAGCAAAUCGUCACACGUAAAUAUCAUGCUUCUUUACGUGGCCAGCAUCGCCGUAUUUCAAACUGGAUGGGCAGCUGUGCAGAUAUCGCAUUUAUCCAUGAUCCCUGCGUUAACGAAUUCAUUGCUGGCACGGGCGGACUUAACUGCGAUAAGGUAUUCCGCUCAGGUUGGAUCAGCCGUUGCUGUAUUCGUCGUUACGUGGAUAGUUUUACCCACGGAUGAGGAGGCAAUGGGGCGAUUAGUUGAAGAGGACAGUUAUAAAUUUAGAAAUAUCGUUUUGACUUUAACGUCCAUCGGUUUGAUGGCCACCAUACUCUUCCACGUGUUUUUAAAAGAAAAUUUAUUGGAGGAUUUCGAAUCGCAGAAAGGAAAUAUCGAAGAAGCUAGAAGAUUGUUCGACAGCUCCCAAAGUAGUCGAACCUCUUUGGUCGGCACGACAAUUUUACUCAGAGUGGCUAUGCUGUACGUAGCAAGCAGACUUUUCAUUACCUUGGCCACGGUGUAUUUACCAUUAUACAUAGAAGAAACGGAUAUCGAUGGAAAAGAAGCCCUCGCCACUGUCCCACUGGUCUCCUACAUAUCUUCCUUUGUUGCCGCUUUGUUACUCAAGUACAUAAACAAAUCAUGCGGAACAAAGGUAUGUUACUUUUUGGGCACGUUAAUUGGCAUAAUUUCCGCCGCGGUCACGGAAUAUGGAGGGACUUCGAAGGCGAUUUUAUACAUCGUGGCGAUUUUAAUCGGGAGUGCAAGCUCAAUCACAAUGGUCACAGCCUUGAGCGUGACGGCAGAAAUAAUUGGUCCGCGAACAGAGCGGAGCGCCAUUGUUUACUCGAUCGUGACAUUUUUCGACAAAGUCGUUACGGGGCUCGUUGUCAUCUUUAUCGAGAAAUUGCGAUGCACGCAAUCAACGUACUGUCCAAAUUAUAACAGAGAUACUUUGGCCCUUGUGUGCGUCCUUUCCAUGCUUCUCGGACUUGUCACGCUAUUUUCAGUUUCGCGAUGUUUAAAUUAAGAAUAAGUACAAGAAUUUUUCUAUAACAAGAAAAAAAAAAAAACAAGAAUCAUUGAAUGCUCCCUACAUCCUCAUAUAUAUUUCAUCUUUCUAACCAAGGAUCGCUUCAUACUCUCGUAUAUUUUUCCAUUUUUACGUAAAGAGAUAUACGAAUAAACUUUUACAAUAAAAUUAAUCAUAUUAAACGGUUUCUAAAAUGUUCUGAAUCUAA